AUGAGUUUCCUUUUUGGAAGUCGGUCUAAUAAAACUUUCAAACCAAAAAAGAAUAUCCCCGAGGGAACACAUCAGUAUGAUCUCAUGCGACAUGCAGCUGCAACACUUGGCUCUGGGAACCUCCGUCUUGCUGUUAUGUUACCAGAGGGAGAAGAUCUCAAUGAAUGGGUAGCUGUAAACACGGUGGACUUCUUCAACCAGAUCAACAUGCUGUACGGCACCAUCACGGAGUUCUGCACGGAGGAGUCGUGCGCGGUGAUGUCCGCCGGGCCCAAGUACGAGUACCACUGGGCGGACGGGCACACGGUCAAGAAGCCGAUCAAGUGCUCCGCGCCCAAGUACAUCGACUACCUCAUGACCUGGGCGCAGGACCAGCUCGACGACGAGACGCUCUUCCCCUCCAAAAUAGGCGUCCCGUUCCCCAAGAACUUCCUGUCGAUGGCGAAGACGAUCCUGAAGCGGCUGUUCCGCGUGUACGCGCACAUCUACCACCAGCACUUCCCCGAGGUGGUGCAGCUCGGCGAGGAGGCGCACCUCAACACCUCCUUCAAGCACUUCAUCUUCUUCGUGCAGGAGUUCAAUUUGAUCGAGCGACGGGAGCUGGCGCCGCUGCAGGAGCUCAUCGAGAAGCUGACGGCGAAGGAGGCCCGA